GUUAGGCCGUCGGGUGUCAACCAGAAGAGCCACACUUCCCUCACUCUCUAUCUACCUAUCAGCGCGUCUUGAGUUGGCUUCAGGUAGACCAUCCAUUGGCUUGUUCUCAUCCCUGCCUCUUUAGUUCUCUCGCAAAAGUACGCUUCAGGGUUGGCGCUUGCCAAGCACCCUUCCUUGAAGCUGCAGCGGCGCGCUGUGCUGUCCCCUCAGUCAUCGUUCGCUCGCCUUCGCGCUCUCUCCGCUUGUCGCUUGGAGAGCUCCUCACCUGUCCUUCCCUCUGUUGAAAUGCUAGAGCACGUUGUCCAGUAUGACAGAAACAAAGAUGCAGUUGGAAGACUGGCUGGAUGAUCUGUGUGUCCGCUUCAUCAUCAACUUACCUCGAGAGGAGCUUGAAUCUGUUGAACGCAUCUGUUUUCAGGUUGAGGAAGCACAAUGGUUCUACGAGGACUUCAUUCGACCCUUGGACCCGGCGCUUCCAUCGUUGUCUCUCAAAGCCUUCGCCUUGCGCAUCUUCCAGCACUGUCCACUGAUGUCCCAAUGGUCGCACUACCAUCAUAUCACCGCGUUUUCCGAAUUCUUGGCCUACAAGACCCGGGUACCCGUGCGCGGUGCCAUUAUGCUCAACCAGGACAUGGAUGAGGUAGUCUUGGUCAAGGGCUGGAAGAAGGGCGCUAACUGGAGUUUCCCCCGGGGCAAAAUCAACAAAGAUGAGAAAGACAUCGACUGUGCCAUUCGUGAAGUGUAUGAAGAGACCGGCUAUGACGUUCGAGAAGCCGGAUUGGUCAAAGACGAGAACGACGUCAAGUUCAUUGAGAUUACCAUGCGAGAGCAGCAUAUGCGGCUGUAUGUUUUCCGUGGCGUGCCGCAGGAUGCUCAUUUUGAGCCGCGAACGCGCAAGGAGAUCAGCAAAAUAGAGUGGUACAAGCUUUCGGAAUUGCCGACUUUGAAGAAGAGCAAGCAGCAAGAUCAAGGUUUCGUUGUCGCCAAUGCAAACAAGUUCUAUAUGGUGGCUCCGUUCAUGCACCCUCUCAAGAAAUGGAUCGCUCAACAGAAAAGGCUUGAAGGAAAGGUGCAAGGGGCUCCGAAGUUACCCAUGCCAAGUGAUGCCGAAAUGUCGAUUGAUGAGGCUUCUCAUGCCAUGCACAGCUUUACGCCAAACCAGAUUACUGCGGAGGUGGCUGUUCCAAGUGAUUUGCCGGAAGUUGCAUCAUCCCAGGACGCCUCCGUUCAUCUCAAGCGUCUCUUGAACAUCAACAGUGCCAUUCCGUCUCAGAUUCUUCCCCCGCCUGUCACAGCUUUGCAGAACUCUGGGGCUAAUGCCUCGAAGUCCAAUGCUCUCCUAGAGCUGCUAAGGGCCGGUUCGCCUCGCGAAUCCGUUCCUCAGCUUCCAGAAGCCGACCAGAAUUCGCCGCCAGCACCUCUUGCAGGUGGUCGAUCUCAUCCCACUCCUGGCUUCUUUCCAGGCUUCCCUCAACAAGGCCCUCAUGGUGGGCUACCUGCAGGUCUGCCGCAGUAUCCACAGCCUCAUCAGGGCCCUGGAGCGCACCUGCCGCCUUCCAUUGUCAAUGCAAUGCCUCAUGGCCCAGUGAAUCAAGGACCUCAUUCUGCUGCUCGUCCAGGGCCGUCAGCCAACUACUACGGGGUGUUCCCUCCUCAACAGCAACUGCCAUUAGACUCGUACAAGGACAGAUCUUUACUGUCGGCGCCCCCUCUUGCACCGCAAAAUCAACCCACUGGCCCGGCCCCCUAUCAGCAAACAGGCGACCCUCAAUUUUCGCACUCUGGCCAACCUUCCCAACUUCAAGGGGCGACAGUGCCCCCCGCGAGCAAGCUGCCUCCACCCAAGCUCACCAGCCACUCCCUGGCUUUGUUGAGUGUUUUCAAGGAUGAAUCUAUCAAAACACCCAAAACACCCAAGGCGACCCUGGUGUCACAGUCUGAGACGACACAGACGAGAGAACGAAAGCCAUCACAACAUCAGGAUCAGCUUCUUAGCUUACUGAGAGGGUCACCUGCUCCUGCUAGUCCGGGGCCAGUCGAACUAUCGGCCCAACCAGUUUCCCCCGCUAGGAAGCAAAUCCUUCAGCGCGCCCGCGGUGACCAGAGCCCAGCACGUCACUCCGGUACGAAUCAGCAUGUGGCUUGGCAGGGUGCCAAUCCCUGGACUUCUGCGUCCGUGUCUGGCCAGUCGGUCAAUACACCGCAACACGGAGUACCCAAACCGUCUGGCAGAAAAGCGCAGAAUGGAUCGGCUCGUAAAGCCAACCGAAAUGAGCAGGCACAGGCUCUUGCGUCCCCGAUAACGAUCCUGUCCAGACCACCAACAGCCAGGAAAGACCAACCUCCGGUGCGCACGACUUCGCAAUCGCCCCGUCCCUCCUCGCAGACACGACCCCCGAAGCCCAGUACUCCCGAACCACCGAAGCCUUUCCAACCACAAAUUCUGCGUCGCUCCGACAACCCGAACGCCAUCGACCUUUUGCCUAUCCGAACUAAGCUCAAUGAGAAUCACGAUCAGCAGGGCAUUACACGUGCUACUAGCUCCCCACAGCAGUCGCAGCCUCAGCCCAACUUCGAUCGUCGACCGAGUCAGACGGUUGCGCAAAAGGAGAUGCUUCUGUCUCUUUUUGGCAGACAAUCUUCCUCCCCGAACGUUUCACCUGCGGAACUCAGCGCGUCUAUUCCAAAGCCGUCGGAGACUUCCUCCGUCGUUAGCCCACUCUCGCCGCUUAAUCUCCCUCGUCAUCUCACAAACAUAAUGCGCUCCAGCCCAUCUACACGCACAGUAUGUGCGCGCUGCCUCAGCCGCGGGCGAUACUUUUCCACGACCAUCCAGCCCCGCGUUCAACAAUCCAGCACUACCAACCCUCCCUCCCCGCCGGCAACCGGCUAUGCCCGUCUCACAAACCGGGGAUUAAUCUCCAUCACAGGCAUAGAUAGCACCUCCUUUCUCCAGGGCCUCAUCACCCAGAACAUGCUAGUGACCAACGACCCGAACCGCUCCACCCGCCGAACCGGAUCCUACACUGCCUUCCUGAACUCCCAAGGCCGCAUCCUCAACGAUGCCUUCAUCUACCCCCUUCCCCAAGCAGAGGGCACCUCACCAGACGAACUCGCCUGGCUAAUCGAAGUGGACAAGGAUGAAGUCACAAGCCUCAUGAAACAUCUCAAGAAACACAAACUCCGCGCGAAGCUGAAACUACGUGCUCUUGACGACGGCGAACGGACCGUGUGGGCCUCAUGGAAAGAUCACAGCGAGCCCCGAUGGGCGGCAUAUAAUCUCGACUCGCAGUCACUUUCCCCUUUUGCCUCGGCCUCCGCAACGGUUACCGGCUGUGUGGAUACCCGGGCACCGGGGUUCGGGUCCCGACUCGUGACGCCGGGGGCGGAAGAUCUCAGGACGCAUCUCGCGGAGGAGGCGGAAGUUUCUGGAUCGGAAGUCGAACUGGGAACCUAUACCGUGCGACGGAUGCUGCACGGUGUGGCGGAGGGGCAGUCGGAGAUCAUUCGCGAGUCAUCACUUCCGUUAGAAUGUAACAUGGAUAUGAUGGGGGGGAUCGAUUUCCGCAAGGGCUGCUACGUUGGUCAGGAACUGACGAUCCGGACGCAUCAUACGGGUGUUGUGAGGAAGCGGAUACUACCGGUUCAGUUGUACGAGGGGAGUCAGGAGGGUUUUGCGUCGGCGGAUACGCCCGUGUAUGAUCCCUCUGUGGAGGUGGGGUUGCCGCCAUCCGGGUCGAAUAUUUCGAAGAUCAGCGCGCGCAAGGGCCGUAGUGCUGGAAAGUUCUUGGGUGGCGUGGGGAAUAUCGGACUUGCGUUGUGUCGGUUGGAGAUGAUGACGGAUGUUGCUCUGACUGGGGAGGGUACGCAGUAUAGCCCCGAUCAGAAGUUCAAGGUGUCAUGGACUGAGGCGGAAGAUGGCUCGUCUGGGUCUGGUGAAGUGAAGAUCAAGGCUAUCGUUCCACCUUGGACGAGGGAGCAUAUCUAUAAUGGUGGAGUGAAGAAGAAUCAUGGCCGUAACCAUGAAGUGGACAGUCAGCGGGCCAGGGAAUUGUUGGAGCAAUUGGAGGAAGAAGAAGAAGAAGAAUCGUCACGACGGAAUGAUUAAUUGUUUAAAAUGUAUCCUAGAACAAUUGUACAAUAUAUGUUAAAUGUGCAUCUGUAUAGAUGUGUCUCAUUCAGCGACAACACUGUGAAAGGAUGAUAUGAAAUGCGAG